CUCCUCUUUUCUCUUCGUUGCUACGCGCUUUAUUUAUUCAAUUACCCUAUACUUGUGAUUUUUACUGCUCAAUUUUAGUUACUGUUACUUCAAUUUAGCUGCUCAUUUAAAUUUACACUUUCAAAAACGAUGGCCGAGUUUAACAAGCCAACCGAUUCGGCGGCCACUGUCGAGGUCAAGAAGACUGCCAAGCGCGAUGCCCUUAUGGAUAUCGAGAAGAAAUGGCAGAAGGACUGGCAGGAAAGCGGCGCCUUUGAGAUGGACAUGCCUGAGGACGAUAGCGUUGCCCCUGAGAAGCUCCAUGAGUGGAUGGGCACCAUCCCGUACCCAUACAUGAACGGUGCCUUGCAUCUGGGCCACGGCUUCUCGGUGUCCAAGAUCGAGUUUGCCACCGGCUGGGAGCGCCUCAAGGGAAAGCGCGCCCUGUUCCCCUUUGGCUUCCAUGUAACCGGGAUGCCUAUCAAGGCUGCCGCCGACAAGAUCACGCGCGAGCUCGAGAUGUUUGGCCCCAACUUUGAACUCCCCGAGGAGCAGACUACCGAGGAUAAUCUCAGUGAGGAGGUUAGCGAAUUGUCUGUUGGCGACGCCCCAAGUUCCGGCCAGAAUUUCCGCGCCAAAAAGACCAAGGUUGCCGCCAAGUUUGGAAACGUUCAGUAUCAAUUCCAAAUCAUGCGCUCCCAGGGCCUGUCGAACGAGGAGAUUGCAAAGUUUGUCGAUGCCGAGCACUGGCUUGAGCACUACCCCCCGAUCGCCAUCAACGACCUUAACUCUCUGGGCUGCAAGAUCGACUGGCGCCGUGCGUUCCUGACCACGGACUAUAACCCUUACUACGACUCAUUCGCCAAGUGGCAGUUUGAGCGCCUCUAUGAGAUGGGUAAGAUCAAGUUUGGCAAGCGCUACACCAUCUGGAGCGCCAAGGACGGCCAGCCCUGCAUGGACCACGACCGUCAGUCAGGCGAAGGAGUUGGCCCUCAGGAGUAUACCGGCGUUAAGCUCACCAUGCUCGAGUGGAGCGAGGAGGGCAGCCAGGUUGUUGCCGCCAUACCCGCGCUCGCGGGCAAGAAGAUCUCGCUUGUGGCGGCCACUCUGCGCCCCGAGACUAUGUACGGGCAAACCAACUGCUUUGUCGGUGUCAACCUCGAGUACGGAUUUUUUGAGUCCGCUGAUGCCAGCGAAGUGUACGUGAUCACCGAGCGCGCCGCCCGUAAAUGGCCUUCCAGGCUCAACGCGCCGCUUAGCUGCUACACGAAUGGUGUGUACGUGCUCCCCAUGGAUAACGUCCUUGCAACCAAGGGCACGGGCGUCGUCACAUCGGUGCCCUCGGACUCUCCCGACGACUUUGCCGCCUUGCGCGACCUGAAGAAGAAGGCAGACUACUAUGGCAUCAAGCCUGAGUGGGUUUCUGGUUUCGAGCUCGUCCCCAUGAAGAUCAACUCGCAGAAGGACCGCAAGCAGCUUGAGGAUGCCAAGGAGGCUGCCUAUAAGGAGGGCUUCUACAACGGCAUCAUGUCUGUUGGCAAGUUCAAGGGUCUGUCGGUCAUUGACGCUAAGCCCAAGGUGCGCGAGCAGCUGAUUGCAAGCGGCGAUGCCUUUGCCUAUGCCGAGCCUGAGAAGCUUGUCAUGUCCCGCUCGGCAGACGAGUGCGUCGUGGCGCUGUGCGACCAGUGGUACAUUGACUAUGGAGAGGAGUCGUGGAAGGCGCUGACCGAGAAGUGCUUUGCCAUGAUGGAAACCCACGGCGAGGAGACCCGCCACCAGUUCGAGAUCUCCCUCAACUGGCUCAAGCAGUGGGCAUGCGUUCGCACGUAUGGCCUGGGCUCCAAGGUGCCUUGGGAUCCCACGUGCUUGAUCGAGUCGCUCUCGGACUCGACCAUUUACAUGUCCUACUACACUAUUGCUCACCUGCUGCAUCGCUCGCUGGACGGCAGCAAGGCCGGCCCCCUGGGAAUUACCCCGCAAGACAUGGACAGCCCCGCCUGGGACUAUGUUCUGCUUGGCAAGGAUCUUCCUGAGGGUCACAGCAAGGCCACUGAGCUCAGCGUCCUGCGUCGCUCCUUCCUCUAUUGGUACCCACUCGAUAUCCGCAGCUCUGCGAAGGAUCUCAUCCAGAACCAUCUUACGUUCUUCUUGUACAUCCACACCGCGCUGUUCCCUGAGACCGAGUGGCCCCGCAGCGUCCGCAUUAACGGGCACCUUUUGCUCAAUGGCUUGAAGAUGUCAAAGUCCACUGGCAACACGCUCAGCCUGCGCGAGGCGUGCGAACGCUACGGCGCCGACGCCACGCGUUUGACUCUUGCAGAUGCCGGAGACAGCAUUGAGGACGCCAACUUUGAAGAGACCACUGCUAACUCGGCCAUUCUGCGCAUGUACACGCUCAUGGAGUGGGUCACCGAUGCCUACAAGGCGCUCGAGCUGUCGGAGCAGACUCCGAACGAGCCUAUCCGCUUCAACGAUAUCUUCCUGUGCCCUGCGACUGCGCCCUUCACCACGAUUGACCGCGUGUUUAAUGCCGAGAUUGACAAGUUCACAUUGGCAACCGGCGCUGCCUACGAGGCUACAAUGUACCGCGACGCCCUUAAGAACGGCCUUUAUGACUUCCAGAUCUCACUUUGCUCUGCCACCGGAAUGCACCCGACCCUGGUUCGCAAGUGGAUUACCCGUCAAGUUAUCCAGCUCUGCCCGAUUACCCCCCACUGGUCCGAGCAUGUGUGGAAAACGAUCAUGGGCAACACGGACUCGAUCAUGAACGCGCGUUGGCCCACUGAUCUCCCAGCCACAGCCGACCACGCGCUGAUCGCAGCUGGCGACUACAUUCGCUCGAUGAUCAGCUCAGUACGCGUUGCCGAGGUCACUAUCGAGAAGCGCAUCAAGAAGAAGGGCGGUAAGAGCGCGCCUGCCGAUGAAUUCAACCCCAAGGCCCCCAAGUCCCUGGACGUCUUUGUGGCCAGCGAAUUCCCCGCAUGGCAGGAGAGCGUCAUUUCAGUUCUCAAGGAGCACUUUGACAUGGCGACUGCCAAGUUUGACGACAAGCAGAUUGUGAUCACCAUGAACCAGAGAGGCAUUGCUAAGCAGAACAAGAAGGCCAUGUCCUUUGCCCAGGAUAUCAAAAAGCGCGUGUCCCUCAUUGGACCCUCUGCUUUCGAUCGUGCGCUGAACUUCAAGGAGAUCGACGUCCUCGGCGAGCUCAAGCCCUACCUGAAGAGCAACCUGAAGUACGAUGAGGUCACCAUCAUUGAUCUGGCUCAAGAUAACGACCUCUCGGAGGCGCAGGCCAAGGCGGCAGACAAUGCAGUGCCUGGCGAGCCCAGCUUCUUGAUUGCCAACGUCCAGUGAGCGAGUUUGUGGCCAGUGUGGGCGUCAGACAGUGCGAUGCUUUUUUUAAUACUUGCAACUGUCGUUUGCAAUUGUAGUUUCAAUACAAUGUAAUGUCGCACUGUAAAUAAGAGAGGAAAUUGUAUUUGAUUCCCACAUUCACAGCUGGGCACAAUGCCGCUUUCUCCUCUUUCCACAUUUGCUCGCAAACGACAAACUGCACUAUUGAAGAUAUGGAUGUUGGAAUUUCCAGAUAUUUAUAGCGAAAUUCUAUAUUUUUAAGUGGGGGAUUUUCAAAACCC